AUGGCUAUGCUUAACAAGUGGGAGAAUACUUGCAGAUUGUGCUCAGAAGAGAAGAUCGAGAUGUUGUCAAUCUUUGGUAACGAGGGCGUACAGCGUAAAGUAGCGCAAAAGUUACGUGCUUGCCUGCCAGUCUUAGUAUACAAAACAGAUCCACUGCCAAAACAAAUAUGUCAGUUCUGUGCCGCAAGGCUGGACGAUGUCUAUGAAUUUAGAGAAUACUGUCUGAGCGUUUAUAAAACCAUGCACCUGAAGCUGUUAGCAUAUAAGGAUGUUGAGUCUGUCCAAAUCUAUUUAGAUGCAAUGAAAAACUCCCCUGACCCAUGUCAGGCUCAAUUAUGGAGAGAAAAGACUAGAGCACCACCACCUUUAGUACCUUUGCCAAUCUUACUGCCAGUUGAAAGUCCAUCAACACCAAUAGAUAUUAGUCAAGAGCAUCAGAAUAGUUGUAUUGAAUCAUUACCUGAAUUACCAUGUGAAGUAGAGAUCAAAGAAAUGAUUACAGAACCAAUACUAGAGACAGGUGUUAAUAUAUAUGAAUUAUCAAAUAGAAAUAAAAUAGGAAAUGAGGUAUACAAUAAUCCAAACAUAAUAAUGGAACAUAAUGCAAGUUUAUUAAAAGAGGAAAGCAAUGACUCGAAAGAAGACAUACAGGUGAGAAAGGAAGAGAAGAGGACAAGUAUUUUAGAGCAAGUACUAAUGGGUAGUUUAACAAUGAAUGACAGGAAAGACUUAAAUUCAGAAAUCAAAUUGUCCUCUAAGUGGUGGUGUGCUCCUUGUAAUAGUUACUACAAAACAAAGGAAAGUUUAAUGAAACAUAUGCAGUUAGAAUGUCCAAGAAAGUAUAACUGCAGAAAAUGUUCAGCAUGUUUUGAGUUAGUGGAAGACUUGGCUAAACAUGAAGCUACUAACCAUUUAAAAGUAACAUUGGACUUUGAUAGAAGUGUUAUAGAUUGUGAUCAAUGUGAUAGACAAUUUGUGAGCUGGGAAAUGUUGAAGAAACACAGAUUACGUGAUCAUUUGACUCAAACAAGUGAAACUGGGACCAAUACAUGGUGCUCCUUGUGCAAUAGAUUUUUCCCAAGUGUAGAAGUUUAUCAAAGUCAUAUUCAAUUACAUGAAGUCAGUAAUUGUACACCAACAAAAGCACCACAAUUAACAGAUCUACAACCAGUCACAAUUCUCAAGAGUGAAGAACCUCCAAAAGAAGUAAAGAGAGAACAUUUCACAGAAGCUCCUAAAUCACUUACAUGUCCUACUUGUGGCAAGAUCUGUACUCAACAAAGUGCAUUAUCAAAUCAUAUGCGCACUCACGAACCAAAAAGGCAUAAAUGUGAUAUAUGUGGGCGGUCUUUCGGACUUUUUAUACGUCUAGCAGCGCAUAGAAUGAGUGAGCACAGUCAGCAACCUACAAUGUCACCUGUAAUGGCUAGUGUUGAGCAAGAAGAAGCAUUAAAUGCUGAAAAGGAAGCUAGGGAGGCGAGAGAAGCUAGAACUCGCGCUUCAAGAACUAGAACUUAUUCAGAGAUGAUGGAAAGAGAAGAUAUUCCUAACCAUCAAGAACCACUUUCAAAGAGAAGUGUUCCAUUAAAUACCAAUGCAUUUAAAAACGUGGCAAGAUGUGGUAUUUGUUUACAAUGGUUCAGUGACCACACUACAAUGUUGACGCAUUUACAAACACAUUCGGACAAUUACACUUGUAAAACUUUCGCCUGUCACAUAUGUAAAAAAUCAUUUAAGGAAAAAUGGCAAUUAUUUAGGCAUGAGAUGUCUCAUAAACGAAAUGAGUCAGCAUCAAUGUACAUAUGUUCAGUAUGUAAUAAAUCGUUCGUAGAUAAAAAUACGUAUAAGGCGCAUCAGAAAACGCACAUCAUCGAUAAAACAUAUCAUUGUUCGAAGUGUAAUAAAAUAUUUUUCAAAGAAGUAUCACUGUUAACGCAUCAGUGUACAACAGAAGCUGUUCUCGGUAAAAAGGGAGUCCCCUCGAAAUCUUCACAAAGGUCUGCAUCAUUGAGCAACAGCAAAAGGUAUAAAUGUUCCAAGUGUAACGCGUCUUUCAGCAGUUUUCAAUCGAAGAAUUCUCACAUGAGAGUACAUAUGGAAAGUUCGCACACAACGGUGCAAAAUCACGAUGUAAAGGAGGAAUCAGAAGAUGAAUCUAUGCCAAGAUUAAUUCCUGAAACAUCAGUGGAGUACUCGGUAUCUCCUAUUGAACCGAAGGUAGAGAUAAAUGAAGAAAGUGCACCACCUCCUGUUAAAAGAACUCUUAUCAGGACAACUGGCGGGUAUCGAUGCGGAGUAUGUCAGUCUCCAUUUGUUUUACGAGAAUUGGCUGUCGCACAUUUACGUUCUGCACAUCCUCUGAUGCCGUAUCAAUGUCCUUAUUGUAAAAAACGAUUUACGACACAGUACAUGUUCACACAUCAUAUUAAAACGGAUCAUCCUGAUGAGCACGAGAAUUGA